GUAGGUACGUGGCCGCUUCAGGCAGCUGACAUUCUGCAUGAUGGCGACAGAGGUUCAGAGCGCCGACCUCAACAAUGGCAGUUCCAGCCGGCUCGAAGUCUCCAUCGACGGCCUCACCCUCAGCCCCGACCCCGAAGGCGAGCAAGUCGCUGAACCUGACCAUGAUACCGGGGACCAGAGCGCCACCGACGAUAGGGAAGAAGGCGAGUCUUCCAAAACCACGAUAGAGAGGAAAUGGGGCUUUGGAUUGCUGGAGCUAUACAGACUAGCCUUGAAAUUCUUCAAAGAUAAGGAUGGCAAGGCCUUCCACCCCACCUAUGAAGAGAAGCUUCGUCUGGUGGCCCUCCACAAGCAGGUGUUACUGGGGCCAUACAACCUCGACGCUUCUCCAGAGGUGGGCUUCUUUGACGUCCUGGGAAAUGACCGCAGGAAAGAGUGGGCUGCUCUGGGUAACAUGGAGAAGGAGGAGGCUAUGGUGGAUUUUGUCAAGCUGUUGAACAAAUGCUGUAAUUUGUUUGCACCCUAUGUCACCUCCCACCAAAUAGAGAAGGAUGAGCAGGAGAGGAAACGGAGGGAGGAGGAGGAACGACAGCGCCGGGAGGAUGAAGAGAGGGAGCGACAGAGGCAGGAGGAGGAGAGACAGAUGAUCGAAGAGGAGAAGAGGCUGAAGAGGGAGGAGGAGGAGAGGAGGCAGUUGGAGGAGGAGAGGCUACGGGUGGAGCAGCAGAAACAGCAGAUCAUGGCAGCACUGAAUGCCCAGACGGCGGUGCAGUUCCAGCAGUAUGCUGCCCAGCAGUACCCAGAGAGCCCUGAGCAGCAGCUGGGUCUCAUACACCAGCUACAGGAACAACACUACCAACAGUACAUGCAGCAGCUCUACCAGGUCCAGCUGGCACAACAACAGGCAGCCUUACAGAAGCAGCAGGAGGAUGCGGUGGUGAAGGCCACCCUGGAGGCCACUAGUGAGCCUGUAGCUGCAGCUCUCCCGGCUAGAGAGAAGGUCCCCUUGCUCAAUGGCCAGUCAGACUCCCACUCUGAGGGCACGGACAGAGAGCCAGAGCGCUUAGAGCCUGCUGAGGAGGCCACUGAGAAUGGGCCAAUAGGUACACACACGCAAAGGCCAGCAGACUCUCCCCCGGUCAUAGCAGCCCCCUCCAUGUGGACGCGACCCCAGAUCAAGGACUUCAAGGAGAAGAUUCGGCAGGACGUGGACAGUGUGAUCACGGUGGGGCGUGGCGAGGUAGUGACAGUGCGAGUGCCCACCCACGAGGAGGGCUCCUACCUCUUCUGGGAGUUUGCCACGGACCACUACGAUAUCGGCUUCGGAGUCUUCUUUGAGUGGACAGAAGCCGCUAAUGCCUCGGUCAGUGUGCACGUCAGCGAGUCCAGCGACGAAGACGAGGAUGAGGAAGGUGAGCCCCCUAGUGAGGAGGAGAAGGCUAAGAAAGAGGCAGGGAAGCCGCAGGUGGAUGAGAUAGUGCCGGUGUAUCGGCGGGACUGUCACGAGGAGGUCUAUGCCGGCAGUCACCAAUACCCUGGCCGUGGGGUCUACCUUCUCAAGUUCGACAACUCUUACUCUCUUUGGAGGUCAAAAAGUGUCUACUACAGAGUCUACUACACCAGAUAAGCCUGGAGGGACUACAGGCGACGGGGAGUGUGUGUUUGAAGAGAGGAAGGGGGGAUGAGAUGAUCUGUUCUGGACUAGAUCUCCAGAGGGCGAUGGAGUUGCGUCGGACUCCCGUUGGAGAUGGGACUCCUGUCUCUGUGUGUGUGUGUGUGACUCCUGUAUGUGUGUAUGUGUGCUUACACCUCAUUGGAGCCUGUGGAGUCCGGGAGGUUGUUAAUCCUGUAGUGUGUGUUCACCACCUGUCGUCUUCUCGCUCUUAGAGAUCAACUCUAGGACUUUCUUGUAUUUAAUGGCCAUCUUUCCUGCCCAAACAUCAUCUAACCCUAGUCUGCCCUGUCAUGUCAUUGUUAUGGCUGUGCUUCUCUCUGAGUGAGACACUCCUUAACCUGAGUUCAAAUUUAACACAACUGAAGUCCAUACAGGGUUGGGGUUUUGUCCAAUGAGAGAAGUCAUUGGUCAAACGGAGUCCAAACAUAGUGACACACUACACUACAGCACCAUGCCUUUGUACUCCAGAAGGAGUCCCUCAUAGACCACCACGGAGUAACACUAAAACACACUCAUCUGAACACAGUCAGUUACUCCUCAAGUGGCAACGCUUCUAUUGUAAGAGCUACGCCCAAAUCCACAUCAACCCCUAGCCCCUAUCAACCAACCAGCUACAUACUUCUGGAGGUCUGAGAGGGUUGGAUUUAAGACAUAAGCAAUAUUGCAGAAUUUCUAGUAUAGCCUGUCCGAGGCCAUGGUGGAGCUAUUAUCAUAUUGUACAAGUGCAAACGGGGGAGGGGCUAGGGAUUCAUUUGGGAUUGUACACUGUUCUACUGAGCGAAGGAUGAUGAAGAGCAAGGGGUUAGAAGGGGUAUAGGGUUGGAAGAGGGAUAUGACAUGUACAUGGAAAAGUUCGGUAUCUCAAAAUGGAAUGCUGAAAAAAGCGAGAUUGUGUCUAAAAAGCAUUUAAUUCGUAUUUAUUAUUCACCCUUUCUUGUAGUGUAGGAUCAUAUUUGUGUCUGUAUAAUAUUUGGGUGUAUUUCAUCUCCAAACAGUGGCCUCCCUGCUUCAGGAGACAUGUCUCUUUGGUCUUUUAGAUGCUUCCUUUCCUUCAUGGCCACUGAUCUCAAAGGACAUGAGAGGUGAAAAUUAUAAGGAUGGAAACUUACCCAUCUUUCCCUAUCAGUGGCUAUGAAGGACAGGGGACAAGGAAAGGAAUCCAGUAAGGCGUAUUGGGACACCCCCAUGUCUGUUCUGAAGGAGACUGGGCAUUGUCAUCUAUUGAUCACUCCUGUGUGUGUUGAGUUUGUCCAUGGACUGGAGAUGCUAAUCCUAUUUCAUACAUACGAACUGUCGACUAAUAACUUAGAGGGAAUCAUCAGUUGAAACAAUAACAAAUUGAAAUCCCCACCCCUGUUUCAGUAAAAAGCUGAGGGAUAGGGCUGGAGAAAGGUAACCACUCUCAAAUUCAUUGACAGAGCUAUGGAUGCAAGGACUGACCAUCCAUGAUUACAAUUAUAGUUUUAACCAUAUAUAGUGCUUGUUUACAUUUACUUUGUUUAGCAACAUUGGAGUGAAACAAGCUUAUAUUUGAAGUUCUGAUGGGUUAUGACAGUUGAACUGAAGUCCUGAAGAAUUUAACUUGGAAAUGCCUCAAGAAUCAAUGGGAAUAUUUCAUUCAUUCAGAAGUCCGAAGAGGGAUGAUGCAACUGCACAUUCCCCUUUAAGAUGAGUUUUACUGUGACCUCUCUCGAGCAUUUGAUCUUUCUGUCCUAAUUGAUGGAUUCCGAUUUUUAUUUUUAUUUUAUUUUUCUCAAAUAGGACUGUCUGCUAUCGCUAAUAAACUGAGAUGAUCACGUCUA